AUGGAUUUUGAAUUUAGACGAGAAUUUGAAAAACGAAAAAAGGUGACUCAUGGUGUUGCCUUUUUCUCAAACGGUUAUCCAAUGACUGUGGAUAUUGAGUUUGAACAUGAUGGUAUUAGCACUGAAUUUGGAAAAGAGGAUAUUCAGUUUGUUGACAUUUCAUGUGUGGAUGAAGAUGACAAGAACGAAGAAAAUAUGCUGUGUUCUGCCACAUUCAUGGACUCUAAUGACUGGGAAGAUGACAUCGAAGAGGAUGAAGAGAGUGAAAAAGAUAAGGGGGAGGAAAAGGAUAGAGAGGAUAAAGAGAGUGAUAAGGAUGAAGAGGAUGAUGAGGGUGAUAAGGACAAUGAAGAAGAAGAGGACGAGGACGAUCAGGAUGAAUAG